UGUCGCAGUAAUUGCAGUUGUCAAAUUCAAAUAGACAAGUCACCAAGAAAUAUUUUGCAUUUCCUCAAAUCACACAAAUCAAUCAAUGUUAUUAAAUUUUUCUGAAAAAUUAGUAAAUGCAUUUUGGUUGUGUGUGGUAGCAGCAUUAUGGGGCAUCACGAAUCCAUUCAUCAAACAAGCAGGCAAAGGCAUUGAAACCAUUAAAAAAGAAAAUUAUAUCAGUCAAUUCUUUGCUGAAUUAAAGUUUCUUUUCACAAACUGGAAGUACAUAAUACCAUUUUUUAUUAAUCAGCUGGGGUCUGUUGUAUUCUAUAUAACACUGUCUUCUGCAGAAUUAUCAUUGGCUGUCCCUAUCACAACUUCCCUUACAUUUGUGUUCACUGUUUGGGUGGGAACAUGGUUGAAUGAAAAGGCUUUAAAUAAAGACCUAUUUUUUGGUAUGGCUUUAGUCAGCCUUGGUGUUGCAAUAUGUUUGAGAGGAAAGUCUUGAGACUGCAAUUCAAUGUAAUAUUUAAUAUAAUGAAAAUAAAUGCAUACAUGUAAGUAA